AUGUUGGCGUAUGGUUCAUCUGCUGAUCAAGUGGAUGAGAUUGCCCAGAUGGGGAAGUCCACUACUUUGGAGAGCUUGGUAAGAUUUUGUGAUGCAGUCGAAACUCUAUACACCAAGGACUACCUGUGCAUACCUACGCCCAGGGACUUCCAAUGGCUUCUACAAAAAGCCGAAACUCAAGGAUUUCCAAGAAUGAUUGGUAGCAUCGAUUGCAUGCACUGGCAAUGGAAGAAUUGCCUAACUGCUUGGCAAGGAGAUUAUGGAAAUAGGAAAAGGCAAAAAAAUAUCAUCCUUGAAGCUGUUGCUAGAUUCGAUACAUGGGUUUAG